ACCAUGCUUAUUUUCACAUACGGUACGCUGAAGACCGGUUUGCCCUCUCAUCAUUUCAUGAAUAAAUACCGUCUAGUAAGCCGGGCAAGAACAGUCGAGAGGUACCCUCUAAUCACUGCCUCUUUUUUCAACAACCCUUACAUCCUGAACAAACCGGGAUUGGGUUUCAAUAUUAAUGGAGAAAUAUACGAUGUGGGUGAUGAUAUUGAAGUUUUAGACCGAGUUGAACAUGUACCUGAUCUGUAUGACCGAAAAACCAUCAAAGUUGAACAAGAGAGUGGAUCUGAAGUUGAUGUCGAGGUGUAUGUUUUGAGUAACUUCAAACCAGAGUUGCUACACAAGAAAUUCCUCGCUGAAUACACAGUUGAAGAAGCUAAAACUCUUGAAAUUGCAAGCGACUGGUUCUCGUCUGUCAAACAAAUUAUUCAAGAAGUUAAGAAUCCGGUAUCAAAUCUUUUGUUUUGUUACGGAACGUUGCGGAAAACACGAGUCAAUCAUCAUGCAUUGAGUGGUCAUAGACUAAUCGGAACCGCAACUUCGGCUGAAAAAUAUCCAUUUGUGGUAACGACUUCAUUCAAUGUACCAUUUGUUUUGAACAAAAAGGGAACUGGAUUACGAGUUGUUGGCGAGCUUUAUAGUGUUUCGGAGGACUGGAACGUGUUAGACCGUUUCGAACAAGUUCCUUUGUUGUAUAGUCGUGAGGCUGUUCAAGUAAAGCUAGAAAACGGCGAGAUUUUAGAAGCGCAAAUAUAUAUGCUGAAUGAUUUCAGGGAAGAGUUGCUGAAUGAAAAGUUUAUUUCGGAUUACGUAACAGAAGAAAGCCGAGAACUCAUAUUUCCGAAUGCCGACAAGCGGGAUCAGUACUUCGAAGAUAUUGCGGUAGCUGUGAAAAAUAGAUAAAGGUCAAUGAAACACGUCCCCCAAGGAAUUUUUUUCUGUAAAGUUUUAUUUCGUUUUUCUGUUUUAAGCUGUACAUAUGUAUAUAAAUCGUUUGCUGCUGGGUACUUACUUUUUAUAAGCGUGCUUUUCAGCAUCAGAUAAUUUUUUGUUUAGUUUAUCAAUUUAUUAUCGGGCAUAGAAUCUUUCUAGUCUGAUGUAAUAUCCUUCACAAAUUGCCAAAAACAGAAUCUAUCAUUGAAUUUAGAAUUUCAAAA